GCGGCGCGGCGCUCUGUCUGAACAGCAGCAGGAGAAGAAGAGCAGCUGCUUUUGUUGCUGUUAGCUGUAUCCGCCUGUAGACUAGUUAGCUUCGUCGCACCGGACCGGACCUGAUCAGAACCGUUUGGACCGGAUCAGACUGUUUCACUAUGGGAGCCCACCGCAGUGAGGGAGGACGGGACUGGCUGGAGCAGGACGGACCAGAACCACCGGAGCACAGCCCGGUGAGGAGCUAACGGCGGCUAACGAAAGCCGUGGAACCUGAUGAUCAAACACCGACAGAUUCACAGACGGGGACGACGUUCACACAUGACAGUCAGCUACACGGAUCCUCAGGUGUCCAUGGACCUGCUGAGGGCGGUGCUUCAGCCGAACUUCAACAACGACAUCAUGGCCGUGUUCAGGAAGUACCACAAGUUCUUUGAGAAAGCGGCUGAGAACGUGAAGGAGAACGUUGGAGAGGACAUUCAGACCGAUCAGCUGAUCAGAGAGGCCUGCAGGAACGUUCUGGAACAUGCCAAGCAGCUUUUUCCAGAAGGGGAGGCGAAGAGGGCUGGGCCAGAGGUCACCAUCAAGAGGCCCAGAGUUGCUGAUGAAGACUGCGGUCAUAGAGGAUCUCCCCUCCCAAAGAAGCAGAGGAAAAGUCGUCCAGGUGCCGUCGUCUCUUCUGAUAGGACGCUGAGCUUCUCCUCUCAAGUGAAGCCCAAGUCUGAUCCAAUCAAGAAGGAGGGGCCAAAGUGGGAUCCGUCCAGAUUGAGUGACAGCAGCACGUUUGUUCUGGGCUCCAGAGCCAACAAGGCGCUGGGGAUGGGCGGGACCAGAGGACGGAUCUACAUCAAACACGCUGACUUGUUUAAGUAUGCAGCAGAUGCGAAGGACAAGCAGUGGUUGGCUGAGAGACACCACAUGCGGGCGACAGGAGGGAAGAUGGCCUACCUGCUGAUAGAGGAGGACAUCCAGGAUCUGUCCCGCAGCGACGAGUACAGGGACUGUCCAGAUGUCAGGAUGGACGAGCUGAAGCCGUUCUCUGUUCCUCUGUGGAUGGUGGAGAAGAUGCAGCGAGCCAUGGAGGCCCAGAGAGACUCGGAGCCCUGAGACGGUCACCAGCCAAUCACAGAGCACACAUUGAUCUGAUUGGCUCAUAUCAGUUUUUAUUUUCAUGCUGUUUUUUUUAAUAAAACCUGUGAAUCAAA